GCCCGGAUGCCCACGACGCGCCGUCUGCUCACCGCGCGGUGGUUCCGCGCCCGCCGCUAUCCCAACCCCGAGGAGCUCGAUGACAUCCGACCCCGGACCCUCCCCCGAACCGACAUGGAUCGCCGCCCUCGCGUGUCCCGGGUCCUCAGCUCACCGCCCCGCACGCAGCACCAAGCCAACCCGCCCCUCGAUGAGGAAUCGCUCGAAAGGGCCUACCCCUCCAUGGGACACCUCGAGUACGUCCUCGCCGGGUCCUCCCCGCCAGCCGAGAGCGCCCCCAACAUGUACGACAGCUUCGAGGAGCCACCCCUCGACCUAACUGCGCACAUAUGCGCCGACUCGCUCCGGCAGAGCGCCCACGAACAGAUGCGAGCUGUCGGCGGACGCCUUCGACUGCUCGACGAACUCGAAACCGGAGUGAUCACCAUCGAAACAGCCGCCAGCACCUUCGCCACCGCUUCGGAAGCCGAGAAAAAUGUGUGCCUGUUCUGGGCAGCGUUUCUCAAACUUGCCAAUUUGCUGCCGCAUCUGGUCGACGCCGGCGCCGACCCGCUCUACUAUGACGCGCUGGGGCUGUCGCCGCUACACGUUGCGGCGUUCAGCGGAUCCACGGAAUGUGCGAGCUAUUUGCUCUCUUGUGGAAGCGACCCAAAUUACAUGCCGAGGUGCUUCGCUCCACUUCAUUGUGCCGCUUUCGGGAAUUCAGUGCAAGUGGCUAAUUUGCUAAUCAGUCACGGUGCCUCGGUACAUGCCGCAGUGAAAUACGUGAAUUGUGAAGGUGGGCUGCUCCAUUGCGCCGUUCGAGCCAACUCAGUGGAGUGUAUGAAACUGUUCAUAUCGCAUGGAGUGGACGUCAAUCAGAUUGAACCUGGUGGUACCAACGCUAUCCAUCUCGCCGCUGAUUUGGGAAUGACACAGUGUCUCACGAUCCUGCUGGAGACACCAGGCGCCGAUGCGAACGUGAGAACGAGAGUCGGGGACAGAGAAUCUACCGCGCUGCACUUGGCCGCUGAUGGAGGAUUUGUGGACUGUGUGGAUCUGCUUUUAUCGAAAGGUGCUGAUGCAACUUUGAAGAACCAUCGGGGAUUUACCGCAUUGCACCUUGCGGCCCGCGCGGCAAGUUUGGAAUGCGUCGAGUCCUUGCUCAGGAAAGGGAACGCGGAGCCUAACGCUAUGGACUUUGAUAUGCGCACGCCCCUGCAUGCCGCUAUAGGUAAAUCCGAUUCAGCGUGCGAUAUAAUAGAGACACUGAUCAGUUGGGGCGCAAACGUGAACCAGAAAGACGAAUACGGCUUUACCCCACUGCACUUGGCUGCACUUGACGGGCUGUCUGCGUGUGUAGAGACAUUAAUCUAUCACGGCGCUGACGUAACGACAAGGUCUAAAAAAGGAAAUUCGGCUCUUAACGUAAUUGCUCGCAAAACGCCUGCGUCGCUUGCAAUGAUAACAAGAAAAUUGGACUGUGCGAUCACGCUGCAUCACUCGCAAACGAGCAACCGCGAAGUUGAACUCGAACUCGAUUUUCGCAGUAUACUUCAACAUUGUUAUCCGCGUGAAAUAAGUUACCUAAACACUUUUGUGGACGAAGGUCAAAAGGAAGUCCUAUUACAUCCACUUUGCUCCGCUUUUCUCUACAUAAAGUGGGAGAAAAUCCGUAAAUAUUAUGUUGCACGCCUUUUCCUGAGUUUUAUAUUUGUAUUAUGUCUUACAUUGUAUGUUUUAACGGCCCUUGCACAUAAUUGCUAUAACGGAAGCAAAGAUAUGGAAGAAACAAUUCAAGAGCAAGAGCUCUGUCAGAAACAGUCUAUACUCGGAGAUUUGUUACGGAAAAAUCCAUUCGUAAUCGAAAUGCAGUGGUGGGUGCUCGCAGGGAUAACAAUAUUUGAAAUAUUCAGGAAAGUUUAUGGUAUAGCCGGUUAUUCUACAGUGAAGCAAUAUCUUAUGCAAUCUGAAAACAUUAUCGAAUGGUUCGUGAUUGUGAGCGUUUUCCUAAUUUCCUACAUUUACACAAACAUCACGUAUACGUGGCAAAAUCACGUUGGAGCAUUCGCAGUGCUCGCUGGAUGGACCAACCUUAUGAUGAUGAUCGGCCAGCUCCCUGUCUUCGGCACCUACGUGGCUAUGUACCAGAAAGUCCAGAAAGAGUUCGCCAAACUACUCAUGGCAUAUUCCUGCAUCCUUAUUGGCUUCACAAUAAGUUUCUGUGUAAUAUUUCCCGACUCGUCAUCCUUUGCAAAUCCAUUCAUGGGCUUCAUAACUGUAUUAACUAUGAUGAUAGGGGAGCUAAAUUUAGAUUUACUAUUGAACGAGCCAGACGGGAACGAUCCACCUGUCCUAUUGGAAUUUUCGGCACAAAUCACUUAUGUAUUGUUCCUGAUGUUUGUCACAGUUGUACUGAUGAACCUACUUGUGGGUAUAGCGGUCCAUGAUAUACAGGGCUUACGAAAAACGGCAGGGCUGUCCAAACUAGUGCGACAAACUAAACUGAUAUCGUAUAUGGAGCUGGCCUUAUUCAACGGUUAUCUCCCGAAAUGUUUGUUGAAAAUUCUCCACUCAUCGGCUUUGGUUUCGCCGCAAGCGUAUCGAGUGGUUUUGAGCGUGAAGCCCCUUAAUCCAUCAGAGAAAAGGCUACCGAGAGACAUAAUGAUGGCUGCUUACGAUAUAGCAAAAAUGAGGAAGCAGUAUGGGCAUACCAUUUCAUCAAGUGGGUCGACUACUGGUGCGUACUCGUGCUUCAAGAAAUAUGAGAACAAUAACGAUUCUGGGUACCGAGAGUACGGUUACUCUUCUGGCUUGGGGAGUGUCCAGGCAAGGCUAGACGAGACUUCGGAGAACGUGCGCCAACUGACUCAGGAAGUGAAGGAGUUAAAGAAGCUUAUAAGUGCCCAGCAGCUAGUCAUCCAGCAAGCGCUGGCCGGCUCGAUGGACAGCCGUUGAUGAUAUAAUGGCUGGUCCAGUCAUUUAGUUUCAAUGCCAACCGUACACAAGUCAAUAAACUAUAGUGAGCGUGCAUUGUCGUACAUUUAUACUCGUUUAGGACCUAUUGUGGUUGUAGCGGACUUAAAUUCUGAGCGGUGAUAUUUUUUGCUGUAGUUAUAAGACAGUAGUUUGUAAGUGUGACGUAUUUUUAGACAUUUUAGGCGCGCAGGACGUACUGGAUACUGUGAUUGUAGAAUACACUUUGUAUUGUUAUUACUUGUGAUAUUAAUAAACAUGACAGUAAAUACUUUUGCAACAGA